GCAGUGUCGAGUGAGGAAAGGGAGCAACGUUAACGGUGAACGGUGAUCUUCAUUUCUCGGGCCAAUCGGGUGGGAGCCGCGGCAGCACAGAAAGUCGCGAAGCUGCGAGAUUGAGCUCGAACUUUCUUCCACAUAAGCACAUAACGUCGACGCAUUCAAAUAUAUCAGUUCGCUAGCUACUUAGGAGUAGCAGCUCUCUCUUUGCAAACACGCAUACCACCAAUUGACCUCCGUCACUGGCCCACUCGAGAAUGGCAGCUCAGAGGCUGCACGGUUCUUGCAGCUGUGGGCGAUUUCGCCAUGUAGUCGACCUGCCCUCGCAGCACGCUGGCCAGGCUGAAUUGCGGUACGACAACUCUUCUGCAUCGCGCCAACACUCUGCCAGCCCACUUACUCUCUGGCUGCGCGUGCCACUACCAUGGUACACCUCAGCGACAUUCGCGCAAUUUCCUGAUGAGUCGCACUCGAGCAUCCAGCGUACUUUCACAUCGCCAUAUACACCAAGCACAUCCAACAAGUUCUGUGGGUAUUGCGGCACGCAGCUGUCGUCAUGGAACGAGCGGACUCGCGACGAAGCUGAGCAUAUCUGCCUUCCGGUAGGCAGUCUGCUAGAGGAGGACCAAGAGUUGCUGAGCACGUUGGGUUUCUUCGGCGACAGCAGCGACGAGGAAGCAAGCGCUAUCGGAUCCCCGCGUGCAAAUCCUUUGCGAACGGUGGCACGGUCUGGGCCACAGGCACGCGGCGCCCCGUGGUUUGAAGAGAUUGUGCGUAAUACCAGUCUAGGUCGCUUCAAGCAACAACGCGGUGGACACUCAGACAGUGGCGUGCAGGUGGAGUGGGAGGUCACGGAAUGGACAGAGGGCGACGUUGACGGCGAGAGUGGCAGCGCCACGCCAAGCAAGAGGAAGAUUGGGGAUCUUGAGGCUGAAGAUGCUGAGAUGCGCUCCGCCUGACUUAUGUCUCGACUGGCUUCAGGUGUCAACACGACAGUGUAACGGGCAACUCACUCAUUUUCGCAGAAAUUACUUGAAAGCAAUCGCGU